AGUCUACAGUCAAUACUUUACUCUGUGCUGUGGGGAGAAACAUAUGGUUAAGAACUACCAGCAAUCUUUUCUUGUUGAGUAGUUAGUUGCUGUCUCUAACAAGCAUGUUGUAUUUAAACUGAGUUUAUGUUAAGAAAAGAGAGGUGCUCUUUGUCCUCUUCUAAAAACAAAACCUUUAGCAGGGAGGGGAACAGUACUAGACUUCUAGUUUCUUUGCCUGUGUUCGAGAUGCCUUCACCAUUACCUGUGCCUCAGACAAGUUUAACUUCUCCUGAGCCUGGAAUAUCACCACCUCCAUCUUAUGUUUCUCAAACAACAAAAGAGAGGAUUAAAUGGAAAGGAAAACCCAAAAGAAACAAAAUAAAUAAAGAUGACAUUAGUUAUCCAAGCAACUUCAAGCACUUGGGCCAUGUGGGAUGGAAUUCACUAACUGGAUUUACUACUAUCUUGGAUUCAGAUCUGAAGAAGCUAGCUAUUCAGGUUGGUGUAACAGAGGAUCAUCUAAACAAAAGAACCUCUGAAAAGAUCUUUAAAACAAUUGAGAGGAAAGGAGGAAUAGAAGCUGUACGGAAAGAGGUCCAGAUGAGAGCCACAUCUUCACGAUCCAGUUCUCCUCUUCUGCUUCAUUCUACAUCAUCUUCAGAGCAAAGUUCAACUAUCAGUCCUAGUAUUGAACUAAACUCCCCAGUUCUGAGAGCAGAUGAUGGACUCAAAGCAAUUCUACUAGCCCCUCCCUCUACAUCAAAAGCGCUGUUACCUCCAUGGAAUGUCCCUUCAGUUGUCAUUGCACCAGCACCUCCAAUGCCGUCUCCUUCUAAAAGGGCAUCACCAAUGGGUCUAUGUAAACAGACUCUCAGUCUGAGAGGACCACAGCUGCAUAAAAUAAAGACUGAAAAGACCCCAACUACUUUGCAUCAAAAUGAUUUAAUGGGUCAGAUCAGAAAGGGAAUCCAGCUGAAAUCGGUGACUCUAACUCCAACAUCACCACAAUCCCCCAACGAUGGAGGACUAGUAGCUGCUCUUAAGGAUGUUAUUCAGAAGAGAUACAAGGCCCUUGACUCUUCAGGUGAGGAGACUAGAUCAGAGAACGAAGAAGAAUGGAAAGACUAAAAGGUUCUUUAUGCUUGAGGUAUAAGAAAAAUUGUAAGCAAACUUGGGUACUCCCCCUUUUUUCCCCAUCCCUGCCCCCGUAGGAAAAAGUUGAACUCUCCAGUUGCUUUUGUGUAAAUACUACCUACUAAAAUAUCAAAAUGUAGAUGGAUUUUAAAUCACCAACUUUUAAAUGUGUGAUUAUGGGGUGUAUAAAAUAAACUUUUUUU